AUGUACUUUUACACCUUUGGCUCCGCCCCCUUCCCGGCGUUCAACUCCCACGACGUCUUUGUGCAGAAAGUUUCAAAGUUUGAACAACAAUGUGACAAAUACUCCGCUCAACUUGUUUCUCGCGCUCUUGUGUCCAUCAUGAAGAUGUGGUUCAUCUUCCCAGCGGUGCUUCUUUGCACGACAGCCGCCUUUGACUCGGCGGUGGGCGGCCAGCAGCAGCCGGGGGACCCGGGGGAGGAGAGCACCUGCGAGGCCAACGGCAGCCUCUACUACGCGGGGGAGUGGUUCUUCCUGGACUCGGACCACUGCACCCAGUGCGAGUGCACGGCCGAGGGCUCGGUGUGUGUCCGCACACAGUGCACCUCCCUGCCGGCGGCGUGCAUCCACGUGAGCCGCUACCCCGGGGACUGCUGCCCGCGGUGCGAGAGGACGGGUUGCGAGUACCGGGGGGAAGUCUACGAGCUCGGCCGCGACUUCCAGCCUACAGAAUGUGAGCAGUGCACGUGUGCCAGCGAUGGCAUCGCCCAGUGUUUGGUGGCAGACUGUGCUCCUCCCCCGUGUGUCAGCCCCGUCUACCUGCCAGGAAAGUGCUGCCCCGAGUGCACUGAGGGUCCAAAUUGCUACGUGGACUCAUCUCACAGCCAGGUGAUUCCUGCCGGGCCGCCCGUCUGGGUGGACUCCUGCACCAAGUGUCGUUGCCAUGACGGCCAAGAUGUCAGCUACUGGGAGGGAAACCGCUUGGCCACCUGCUCCCGCCUGGAAAACUGCACUCUUCAAACACAAAAGUGAUGGUGGUGUCUGCAGAGGAGCAGCUGGCAUGUUUCUUACGCACAACACAGUUGGAUCGGUCGCACGCCGUCCGUCUUCACUAAUGAGCUUAGUGCAGCAAUUUUGGGGCAAGACCACAGAUGCAAACCAAAGAUGGUCUCUGGCUACUCUUCAGUGUAUUCUCAUGUCCCUCAGAGACACACAAGUGAAGGCAGGGCAGCUCAGCUACAGGGAGUACAGAAAGUAUUCACACCCCUUUACAUUUUCCACUCUUUGUUUCAUUGUAGCCAUUUGUAUUAGGCCUUUUAGUUUAGCAAAGCAAUAAACAUGUUAGGUCAUC